GUAACUACAGUACAGCUCUGCUCUGCGCUACCCAGCACAGUGAGUCAGCUGAGCUGCCGGGAUCACAGGCGCCGGUGAAUGAAUGAGAGGGAGAGAAGAUCCUGCAGGGUUUGGAUACAGAAAGGCGAAAGGUGCAACUCUUGGGAUGCGCGGAGCUGAGAGGCUGACAUGGAAAUAGAGAAGUGAUCGGAGCAAGCUUGUUGACGCAUAAUCCCGCCCGCCCCGCUGGCACUGGGAGGGGGCAAAUCUCGCCUGCCUAAACUCAAAUCCUCCACAAGAGGUUUACGGAGUGCGCUGCUGCUCCUGCGGGUUCAGCCACCUUCAACAAGACAUUUAUUUAUCUUCUUUUUUUUUUUAACCAGCUCUACAGGCGCUCUGUGGUGAUAACGAGCAUAUUUCAAUUUGUUGGAGAUGCCUAUGUCUCUGAAGCAGAGGACCUAAUGCGCUAAUAUCAUUAAGGUAUUUAAUCCACUGUUGGAAUCGGCACUGUCACUGCGUCGCGGUUGGAUGCGCCCUGGGGUGUGGACAGGACCUGCCCGUACAUCGUCACCACCAUCAUCAUCAUCACAGGUAUUUGAUCGUGAUUGUGUUGAUUACACCGGAGAUCUGGAGCCAUGACAGGCCCCCCGCUGGUCCCUCAGCCCGCCUGCUGACGGUACCGGGCAUGAUGGGAGCAGGUCUGCCGCUUUCAGGAUCCCGAACCAGCCGAUUUAUCAAUGGAGGAAGAGAGUGACACCCGGAAAAUCAACAACAGCUUCCUUCGCGACCACAACUAUGCAACCGAAGCUGACAUUAUCUCAACGGUUGAGUUUAACUCAUCGGGGGAGCUGUUGGCCACCGGGGAUAAAGGAGGCAGAGUGGUUGUCUUCCAGAGGGAGCAGGAGAGUAAGAGCCAGCCCCAACGUCGAGGGGAGUACAAUGUUUACAGCACGUUCCAGAGUCACGAGCCGGAGUUUGACUACUUGAAGAGUUUGGAGAUUGAGGAGAAGAUCAACAAGAUCAAAUGGCUUCCUCAGCAGAAUGCCGCCUACUUCCUGCUCUCCACCAACGACAAGACGGUGAAGCUGUGGAAAAUCAGCGAGAGAGACAAACGUCCGGAGGGCUACAACCUGAAGGAUGACGAUGGACGGAUCAGAGACCCGUCGACCAUCACCUCGCUACGGGUGCCGGUGUUGCAGCCCAUGGACUUGAUGGUUGAGGCUACAGCCAGGCGUGUAUUCAGCAAUGCUCACACCUACCACAUCAACUCCAUCUCUGUCAACUCCGACCUUCAGACUUACAUCUCCACAGACGACCUCAGGGUGAACCUGUGGAACCUGGAGAUCACCGACCGCAGCUUCAACAUUGUGGACAUCAAGCCAGCCAACAUGGAGGAGCUGACAGAGGUGAUCACCUCAGCAGAGUUUCAUCCCCAGCAGUGUAACACCUUUGCCUACAGCAGCAGCAAGGGCUCGAUACGCCUCUGUGACAUGAGAGAGGCUGCGCUCUGCGACAAACACUGCAAAUACUUUGAGGAGCCCGAGGAUCCCUCCACCCGCUCCUUCUUCUCUGAAAUCAUCUCAUCCAUCUCUGACGUGAAGUUCAGCCACAACGGGCGCUACCUGAUGACAAGGGACUACCUCACUGUCAAGGUGUGGGACCUUCAAAUGGAGAACAAACCACUAGAGACAUACCAGGUUCACGACUAUUUACGUGGCAAACUGUGCUCUCUGUAUGAGAAUGACUGCAUCUUUGACAAGUUUGAGUGCGUCUGGAAUGGAUCAGACAGCGUCAUAAUGACCGGCUCGUACAACAAUUUCUUCCGAAUGUUUGACCGGAACACUAAACGUGACGUCACACUGGAGGCGUCCAGGGAGAACAGCAAACCCAGAGCCAUUCUGAAGCCUCGCAAGGUGUGUGUAGGUGGGAAGCGCCGUAAGGAUGAGAUCAGUGUAGACAGCCUUGACUUCAGCAAGAAGAUCCUUCACACUACGUGGCACCCGCAUGAGAACAUCAUCGCUGUAGCGGCCACCAACAAUCUAUACAUUUUCCAAGACAAGGUCAACUAAAGGGGCAAUCUACCCCUGCUGACCCCUGACCCCCACACAUGAGGGGGCUGCAGGUAGAGCUAGGGUUGGAGAAAGAGAGAGAUGGAGCUCUACAUCCUUCUCCUCCUCUCCCUAUGUCUUGUUGCUGCCGGUCUUGAAUUUUGCUGCUCUGCUGAAGAAGUGCAGAGACAAGUAUCCAGUGACUGAAAUGUGGACGGUGUUUAAUUUUGGGGAAGCGGGAAAUUGAUACAGCCUGGAUACAGCGUUAGGAAAAAAGGUUCCUCGAAAUUGAGGAUGGACUUUCAUUCUUCAAUUUGACUUCUGAUUUAAUUUAUUUAGCCAUGCGAACACCUGGAGAAGUGAAUCCUGUGCAACAAGAGGAUUGCUGCAUGAAUAACAUGAUGUAGCAGCCCUCCGGAGGGACCCUGGAGAAAGGGGUGGAAUGUGGGAACACUGAACCUAAAGUAGAGCACACAGACAGAAACCGAUCUUACAUGAUGGUGGCUUAUUGUCAUGUAGCAACAGUGCCCCCUCUCUUUCAAUCUGCUCAUGCUACAGUGCAUGUGAUCAACCCUGCGGCCUCCAACUGAGGCAACGUGUCCGACUGCGCAACCUGCUGCAGAAUUCCUACAAAAGAGGAAGAGAUUGUUAAUCUCUGACCCCAGAAACUGAGAGUUUUCUCUGCCUGUGACACAACAUGGUCCGUCUUUCUAGUACCAAUUCUGUGUCUCCCUGGUGAGACUGCUGUAGUCUGUAAAGUGAAUGAAGCCCUUCCAGGCUGUGUCAAUGGUUUUAUUUAAUGCUGUUGUUGUAUUGAGUCCUUUGCUCGGUCAAUGAGUCUGUUUAGAAGCUGUGGUGCCUUCUUUUGGUAU